GCCUUUGUGCCUCCACUCUUGUUGCAUGUGGAUACUUCAGCUUGAUCGUGAAGGAACAGUCUUUUAUUCAACUGCUCCUCAAUGGAUAAAUUCACCAAUCAACACAGGUGACCGGCAUUGGUGUGACCAUUGGAAACAAUGUGUCUGGUUCCUUCCUGGAAAGGGUGUAUUCAUAUCCAAGGGACAAGAAGUAUUAUUAGAGGCUAUUCAUACUGAUACUAGUAUCUCAUAUAACCUGAAAACCCUAGUCCCAAGGACUGACACAAUACAGCAUGAUAAUAAAUUUGAGGAUUUUCAGCUCACAAUACCACCUGAAAGAGUUGCAAUUUAUGGAGACAGUAAUUGGAGACUGUCUAUGUUAAUGGCUCUAAAAAAUGCUGGAAGAGAUAGCCCAGUAUGUGUUGUUGCAGAUGAUAGCAUUUUUCUAACACUUCUUGCUGCAAAUCUUUCAAAAACAUCACACGUGAUAUCCUUGUUUCCUGGUCUGAGGGACAGGGGUGCACAAUAUAUUGAAGCUGUUGCUAGUGCAAAUGGUUUCUCAGUGUAUCAUGUAAAAGUUAUUGGAAAUAUGAAAACAUGCUUGACGAUGCAUGAUACUUGGCAUAAGAAGGUUGACCUAUUGAUUGGAGAGCCAUACUAUUAUGGAAAUGAGGGAAUGCUUCCAUGGCAGAACCUGCGUUUUUGGAAGGACCGAACAAUGCUUGAUCCCAUCCUCUCAAAGGAUGUCUUGAUAAUGCCUUGUAAAGGAAUGUUGAAGGCAUGUGCUAUGUCUCUGCCAGAUCUUUGGAACAGUCGCUGUUGCUUAAAUGAGAUUGAAGACUUUGAUCAAUCAAUAGUAAAUACUACUUUAGGUGCAUGUGGUGAAUUACCGGCUCCAAAAGAGGGACCUUGUCUGCCCUUUCCUAUCUGGCAGUGUGGUGAGAUUAAGGAGCUCAGUGAGAUAUUUACUUUAUUGCAGUUCGAUUGCUCAAAACCAAUUAGUCCAUGUUAUGGACAAGUGCAGGUGAAAUUCACUGAGCCUGGGAUAUGCCAUGGGUUUGUCCUAUGGAUUGAUUGGGUGAUGGAUGCAGACAAUGCAAUUGUGUUGUCAACUGGGCCGGGUAGAUCACAGAUAUUGGAAGCAGGGGGUUAAGCUUCU